AUGCUUCUUGCCGCUGUCAGUAUCACAGCCAUUAGCAAUCUGCCCAAUAUAGCUCAUGCACUCGUCAUGCUCGAAAGUGGGAGUCUCCUUGCAAUCCUUGAGCUGCAGCCUCAGCGUGCACUCAUUAUUGGACUCGCCCAUCCCCGUAUAAUCCUCAUGAAACCCAUCGCGCGUAUUCAGCUUGAGGUUCGAACAGAAAUUGUCAAUAUUCCCACUAUUCGAGUCGUCCCCGUUCAGCAGAUCGACCGGGUAUGUCGCCCCGUCGCCGUCCUUGCAUUUCAGCUCCGAGUCCUGCGUCACCGACAAGCUGAAGAUGUAGCACUCGUCCGUUGUCACGCGCCCGCCGUGCUUGUCGCCGCUGUCGGUGUCGCAGUUGUUCGCCAGCAGGUUCAUGUAUUCCUUGCAGUAGUCGGCCGAGAUCUCGCCGCCGUGGGGCGUGUUGGUCUUGCUCGGAGUCUUGGUGUCGCUGGGCGUAUUGGUCUUGGUGGGGGUCUUGGUGUCGCUGGGCGUGUUGGUCUUGCUGGGCGUGUUGGUCUUGCUGGGAGUGUUGGUCUGGCUGGGGGUGUUUGUCUCGCUGGGUGUCUUGGUAGACGGAGGAGGGCGGGAACCUCCGCUCGAACUACUCCCCGAGGAUGGCUUGGGUUGGAGACCACCGCCCGCGCGCAGGUCUUGGGGCUAGCCGUCGCCGUGGUGGCCGUGGAAGUGGCCGACGCGCUGCACCCGGUCUCGACGGAGGUCUUGGUGGUGCAACUUUUGCUCAGCAGAGGCGUUCCCUGGCUGGUGCCCGUUGUGACGGGCGUGCACGACACCCAGCUGUUGGUCACGGUCUUGGUCGGGCAUGCCGACUCCGUGGUCUUGGUGGAGGUCUCGGUGACAUGGCAGCCCGACUCAGUGGCCUUGCUCGUCGAGCAGCUCUCGCUGAGCAGCGGCGUGCCCGAGCUCGUCGAAGUCGUCACCGAUGUGCAUGAGAUCCAGGUGUUGGUCACGGUCUUGGUCGACGUGCACUCGGAAUCGGACUCAGGUUCGGGCGUGGGCUUGCCGUUGGAACCGAUGGUGAUUGUGGGCCACUCGGGCAUCGACGAGGUGGAGAGCGAGGUGAUGGUGCCCGUGGGGAGAUUCGACACUGGGCCCUUGCUCGUGUCUGUUCCACUAGGCGUCCCCGGAGGAGGCGUGGAUCCCGAAGGGCCUCCGGACGGGUUUCCAGACGGGGUCCCAGAUGAGGUUCCUGGCGGCUUUCCAGACGGGGUCCCAGACGGGGUCCCUGGCGGCUUUUCUGACGAUGAGCCCGAUGGUGAGCCGCCUGGCUUGGAAGUUUCUGAGCUAGGGGGCUUAGAAGGAGGUUUGCCCGAAGGACCAGAAGGUCGAUGA